UGCGAUGGAGGUCGUGGUAGCUGACCUCGUGCAGUUGGUGGAAACCCCCAAAGAGUCUGCCGCGGAUGCGCUCGCAGCUCUCGGAGGCAUCGAAGGAGUCGCUGAAAGGCUCCAUGUGCGAUUGGAAUCUGGUCUCAGUGAUACCACCGACCAAGGCAAAGACAUCGCGGAGCGUGAGGCUCGCUUUGGGAAGAACUACAUUGAGCCAGAGAAACCGUCGUCCAUCUUAGAACUGAUGUGGGAAGCGUGGCAGGACUUGACGAUUAUGAUUUUGACGGGGUCUGGGACGGCGUCGUUGAUACUCGGGCUCACGAUUGGCCACGACACGAGCGUGGAUUGGAUCGAAGGCGCGUCGAUUUUAUUCGCCGUGCUGAUCGUGGUGUUUGUGACGGCCAUCAACGACUACGAGAAGGAAAAGCAGUUCCAAGCGCUGAAUGCGGUCAAGGAAGACGAGAAGAUCAAAGUCAUUCGCAACGGCGUGCCGGCAGAAGUGAGCAAGUUCAAUUUGGUCGUGGGGGAUGUCGUCCGUGUGGACCUCGGCGACAUCAUCCCUGCGGACGGCUUGGUGUUUGACGAAAACGACUUGAAGCUGGACGAAAGCGCCAUGACGGGCGAGUCUUUGCUGCUCAAGAAGGACCGCCAAACGGCGCCGUUCCUAUUAUCGGGUACCAAAGUCAUGGAAGGCGUGGGCAAGAUGCUCGUCAUUUGCGUGGGGGAAAACUCGCAGUCUGGCAUCAUCUCCAAGUUGAUUCAAAACGCCUCGAGCAAACAUGCCAAGAACGAGGCAAAGGCAGCCGACACUCCUCAUCAUGACGACACGGUGGUCGACCCUAACUACAUUGCCCUCGCCACUCCUCGUGGGCCGUCGAAGGACGCAACGGAAGUCGAGGAGGAAGAGGUCGUGUCGCCCCUUCAAGGGAAACUGGAUCGCUUGACAGUCCUCAUUGGCAAGUUGGGUCUUGCCAUGGCCAUCAUUGUGUUUGUCGCCAUGUCCGUGCGCUAUUCCGUCAACACGUUCGCGAUUGAAAAGCAGGCGUGGAGCAAGAGUUGCGCCGAAGAGUACUUGAACUUCCUCAUUGUGGCCAUCACAGUCCUCGUCGUGGCCAUUCCAGAAGGCCUGCCGUUGGCCGUGACGAUCGCACUGGCGUUUUCCGUCAAGAAGAUGCUCAAGGACAACAACUUGGUGCGCCACUUGGACGCGUGCGAGACCAUGGGAAGUGCCACCACCAUCUGCUCCGACAAGACCGGCACCCUCACCACCAACCGCAUGACGGUCAUGGAGUGCUACCUCGGCAAGGUGGAAUUCAACUCUGCUUCAGCCCUUCAAGUUCAAGCCAGCGCCGUUACCAAGGACAUUCUCUGCAGCUCCAUCAGCAUCAACUCGACGGCCGAGAUUCUGCCGCCCAAGCAAGUGGGGGCGCAACCCGAACACACGGGCAACAAGACCGAGUGUGCGUUGCUCCAAUUUGCCGCCGACUUGGGCGCCGAAUACGCGGCCCUCCGCAAGGCGUCUCCCAUCUGCCACAUGCUCACGUUCAGCAGUGCCAAGAAGCGCAUGUCCGUGGUCGUGCCUCUGACGGCAUCAAAGUGCCGCAUCUUCACCAAGGGCGCCAGUGAAAUCGUUUUGGAGUUGUGCACGUCGCAGCUCAACUUGGACGGGACCACGUCCGCGUUUGGUGUUGCGGAGCGCAACGCUGUCAACAAUGACAUCAUCGAAAAGUAUGCGUCGCAAGCCUACCGCACGUUGUGUCUGGCGUACCGUGACGUGGAUGUGACCCCAGAAGUGGUCAAGAACUGGUCGGACGAGGAGAUUGAGACGGACCUGACAUGCAUUUGCAUCGUCGGGAUCGAAGACCCGGUGCGCGAAGAAGUGCCGGAAUCCAUUCGCCAGUGUAACGAAGCGGGCAUUGUCGUGCGCAUGGUGACUGGCGACAACAUCGUGACGGCCAAGUCCAUUGCGCUCAAGUGCGGAAUCAUCAGUCCCAACGACGGGUCGCUGGUGAUGGAGGGGUCCGUGUUCCGCGCUCGCGUGUUGGACGCGAACGGCAACAUCAAGCAGGACGAGUUUGACAAGAUCUGGCCCAUGCUUCGCGUUUUGGCUCGGUCAAGUCCUAAAGACAAGCACACGCUGGUGUCUGGCUUGAUUCAGUCCAAUGUAGUACCUCAUGGCCCCCAAGUGGUGGCCGUGACAGGCGAUGGGACGAACGACGCCCCGGCUUUGAAGAAGGCGGACGUCGGGUUUGCGAUGGGGAUCUGCGGCACGGCGGUGGCCAAGGACGCGUCGGACAUCAUUCUCAUGGACGACAACUUCCGGUCGAUCGUGAGUGCGGUCAAGUGGGGCCGCAACGUGUACGACUCGAUCGCCAAGUUCCUCCAGUUUCAGCUGACGGUGAAUGUUGUGGCGAUUACCACCGCCGUUGUGGGAGCAAUUGUCUUGAACGAAUCCCCCCUCACGGCCAUUCAGUUGCUGUGGGUCAACUUGAUCAUGGACACGUUUGCGUCGUUGGCACUGGCCACGGAGCCGCCCACCGACGCUUUGCUGAAUCGCAAGCCUUACCCGCGCACCAAAGCCCUCUUGUCCAAGAAAAUGCUUAAGCACAUCUUGGGGCAGAGUGUGUUUCAGCUGGUUUUGAUCUUGCUGCUCGUGUUCCGAGGGGAAAAGUUCUUUGGCAUUGACUCAGGGCGUCGAGAGAACCAAGUGCUCGCAUCGGGUGAGCGCAACCCGCCGUCGCAGCACUACACGAUCGUGUUCAACACGUUUGUGUUCCUCCAGCUGUUCAACGAACUCAAUGCCCGCAAAAUCCACGACGAGGUCAACAUCUUCACCAAUCUCUGGGGCAACACGUUGUUCCUUAGCAUUUCGGUCUUCCAAGUUGGCGCUCAAGCGCUCAUCUGUCAGCUGGGUGGACGUGCGUUUGGGUGCACGAUGCUGACGACAGAACAGUUUUUCAUUUGCAUCGGCCUUGGAUCACUCUCGUUGCCCGUGGGGCUCGUCCUCCGCUUGGUGGCAUACAAGCCCUUCAACUCGGCCUUCAAAGGCAAGGCAAACGAGAACCACGAAACGUCGACGCGGGGAAAGGAGCUGUGGAUGCGGGGGCUGCGCCGCCUUCGCGCCCAAGUUCGAGUGAUCAAAGCCUUCCAACGAGGGAUGGGGCAAGAGAUUCGUCGUCCAUUGGAGCAACAAGCCUCGCCUUCGUAGAAAGGUUGUGAAUUGUAGGGAGUAGUACUAGUACAUUGUAAAUAAUGCCUUUUGUAUCCUUCAUAUACUGAAUCACAACGCG